CCAACACAGUGAUUGUACUCCUCUUGUCCUCUUGUGAGGUCACGUCCUAACGUUGGAGGUGAUUACAUUAUGAUUAGCCAUGAUGAUUAACUCAUCCUCUCUGGAGCUAUAAAAGCUUUUGGCUACUUGACAGAAGGCACCAUCACUUCCAAGAACCCCAGAAGUUAAGGUUUGAUCUUGCUCAUCUGCAGCCAUGAAAUUCUCCCUUGUUGCCGCUCUUGUCGUUGUGCUGGCUGUUGCCCAUGGCACUGAGUCCGUGUCACUGGUGAAGCGUGAUGCCAAGGCUGAGGUUGAAAAGGUUACUAAGUUCAUCAGUGAAAUGACAGCCAGCAUCACCACGGCAACCCAGGACGUGGUGGAGAAGGUGAAGGCCCUUAAGGUGGUCAACACAGCCGACAAUUUCGUGAAGGUCGGCACCGAACAGAUCCAGCCUCUGAUUAAGAAGGUCCAGUCUGAGGUCGCCAAGCUGCAGGAGCAGGCCAAGCCUUUCAUCACCAACAUUGAGGAUCAGUUCAAGCCCAUCACCGACACCUUCGUUGCCAAGGUCCAGCCUCUGGUCGACAACCUCCAAGCACAGGUCGACCCUCUGACCGACAUUGUGGAGAAGCUCCUCAAGCAGGUGACAGACUCGAUCGAGGCCCUGCUGCCCCCCCAGUAGAGCUCGCUGUUGGCUCAUUCCAGCUGCAAUAACAUCCAUGUGCUAAUGCCCAGGAUGCUUCACUGGUGUCUGUCUGUCAUACUCCUUUGUCCUUUAAGUCAUUUGAGAUGUGAUACUUAAAAUGUCA